AUGACCUUCGCCGAAGCCGACGAUUGGAAGGUGGGCCUGCAGCCUCCGAUGAAGGAGGAGACAAUUCAUUCGACCAUUGCCGGCAAAGGCAUCAUCGCACGAGCGAAAAACGGCACCGAUAAAACAGGAGCCUACCUGCUUCCGGUCCUCAUCGAAAUGGUCACUCAAGCGCUCAUCCUGGUUCCCACCAGGGAGCUCGCCUUGCAGACCUCCCAUAAUUGCACGCAGCUCGCGAAGCAUACAUCUAUCAAGAUCGCUCUCCUCAUGGGGGGAGGCCAGAUGCGAGAGGACGUGAGGUCCAUCCUCCACGGAGCUCAGCUUCUCGUCGCCACCCCUGGUCGAGCCUUGGACAUCUUUAGCAACCAGAACGUCAAGUGCGAUUCGAUCAAGGUGCUCGUUCUCGACGAGGCUGACAAACUCCUCUCGGGCAGCUUCCUUCUGAUCGUCGAACAGCUGAUGUCGAUUCUCCCGAAGAACAAGCAGACCUUGUUGUAUUCUGCCACUUUCCCAGCGGAGGUGAAGAACUUUGUUGACAAGAAUCUCAAUGAGGCCGUCCAUGUCAACACGAUGAAUGAGCUCACGCUGAAAGGAGUGACGCAAUACUACGCGUUCGUGACGGAGAGCAAGAAAGUUCAUUGUCUGAAUACGUUGUUCUCGCAUCUCUGUAUCAAUCAAGCCAUCAUCUUCUGCAACUCCACUCAACGAGUCGAGCUCCUGGCCAAGGAGAUCACCGAUCUCGGCUACUCGUGCUACUAUAUCCACUCGAAAAUGCAACAGCAACACCGCAACCGAGUAAUCCAUGAUUCCCGUCAAGGGAAUUGCCGAAAUCUCGUCGGCACGGACCUUGUCACCAGAGGGAUCGAUGUCCAGGGAGUCAACGUUGUCAUAAACUUCGACUUCCCCAGCCGUUCCGAGUCCUACUUGCACAGGAUUGGCCGUUCCGGCCGCUACGGACACCGAAGUCUCGCCAUCAAUCUCAUCACUGAAGACGACCGACACAACAUGGCCGUCGUCGAACGUGAACUCAACACUCAGAUCCUCCCGAUUCCGAAGAGCAUCGAUCCGAGCCUGUACGUCGCCGACGCGCAGAUCGACGAGAAGCAGAGCGAAGACAAGGAGAAAAAAGGGGAAUAACUUAAACAACCGGAAACUUUAUUUUCUCGACUUCAAUUAUUCUUACGAUGUCGAAAAACUCAAAUUAUUGUAUGCGUAUUAUUUGACACUCCGUUUUGCAAU